GAUCAUUUAAAGAGACCGGUACUUGGUCACCAUUCGACUCGGAGAUUCGCAGGCGAAACGCGCCGGAUGCAGAGCACUUUGUUGACUUCCUGUGGCUUACAUUUGAGCUGGACCCGGAUGUCUCGAUCCGUACGUCUUUUCGCUUUUGUCAUUGUACGUUGAACCUGACAGACUAAUAUGUCACACAGGGAGAACUGGGACUCCUUCCGUUCCCGGAAGACUCAAGGCUGAUACCAUCUCUGGCAGUUUUGCUGGAAAACGGAUUUGUUUUUAUUUUGUUAUAUCGGUCCCUUCUAUAACCACCACUUAUUGUUUCGCGCCGUUGCUUCACUCUUCUGAUUAUCCUAAUGAAUCUUUUCCCAACUUGUACCACUGCUUUGACUUGGGCCCAACUCUUCAUCUCUCAGAUGACGAUCACCCACUUCCAGCGGUCCACCAUGCCAUCUCCGUACGAUAUCCUAAGUACCGCCAAGAGCUAUAGGGAUGAUCACGGAGGCAAUAAACCUCUGGAACUUAGCGCGCGUCUGCACCUUGAAAUCUCUUGAUCAUGUUGAGAUUCCAACGUUCAAGUUCAAUUGGAUAUGCAUGCUGUGAAGAGAUUGUGCCUCUUGCGCCGUUUCUCCACAGCUGCAUCUGCUCGACUCCAGUCCACCAAGAAUACUAUGUCACAGUCGUCUACACAACCUGCCAAUGCUGGCUGGGAGGGACACGAAGAAAAGUUGGAAGACUAUGACCCCGGCUCUAUCAAAGGCUACUGCCCAGUGGUGCCCGGUGACGUGCUGGGUUCUUACCGCAUCUUUCGAAAGUUAGGAUGGGGCGGUUAUUCCACCGUAUGGCUUGCUGAGUCCCAAGGCAGUCUCUCCAACCCGGAUCUGUCUGCCCUUAAACUUAUGACGAGCGUUGCCACGAAGGAGCAGGAGCGACUUUGCGAACUCGAAUUUCUUCAGCGGAUACGUGAUCAAUCUUCUGUACACCCUGGAUAUGCACACGUCCUCCAGAUGAAAGACAACUUCUAUCACCAGGGUCCCCAUGGGCAACAUCUGUGCAUCGUCACGGAGCCACUCUUCCACAAUAUGCACAGAUUUUCUUUACGCUUCCCGCACAGGAUCAUGCCGCUUCGCCUUUGUAACAUCAUUUAUACAGACAUCAAGCCGGACAAUGUCCUGAUGAUUGCACCGAACGGUCAGAAUUUCUUUAGAGAUAAUUACGCUGAACUUCACAAUCCGCUCGAGACUUCUAUCGUCACCAGCCCCACGGGUGCCGCCAUAACUCUUACCUGUAGUGAUCCUAUAUACUACCCGUUGCCUACUGUGCUCUCUACAGAGGAUGAUAUAUGGCUCCGUCUUAAAGUGAAGAUCUCCGACCUGGGUGUCGCGUGCUGGGCUGACAAGGUAUCGCAGCAUCACACUGAGUGUAUUCAAAGUACAGCUCUGCGUGCACCCGAAGUCGCAAUCGGUGCCGGAUGGGGAAAGCCUGCUGAUAUAUGGAGUUUGGGAUGCACGAUAUACGAAUUAUACAUGGGACGACCUCUCAUUCCCGCGGAUGUGGAUGAACUACUUGUGGCUCCACUUCAUGGCAUACUGUUCGGCCAGUAUCCCGAAGCGUUGGUGAAGCGUGGCAAGCAUAGCCACUUCUUCUUUAACCCAGAUGGAUCGUUUAAAGAGACCGGUACUUGGUCACCAUUUGACUCGGAGAUUCGCAGACGAAACGCGCCAGAUGCGGAGCACUUUAUUGACUUCCUGCGGCUUACAUUUGAACUGGACCCGGAUAGGCGUGCGACAUGUGGCGACUUACUCGCGCAUCCAUGGCUUGAUCCGGAGAAUUGGGACACCUUCCGUUCCCGGAAGACUCAAGGCUGAUACCGCCUCUGGCAGUUUUGCUGAAAGUCAUCUGCUCAAUUAUAUCUGCUGAACAUAUGGAUUCCUUUUUAUCUCGUUACAUCCAUCCCUCUGAUAACCACCACUCCUUGCUUCACAUCGUUGCUUCACUCUCCACAUCAUCCCACGAAUGUUUUCCCAACCUGUACCACUGCUUUGAUUUCCACCUCUCAUCUAUUUGUAUGAUCGUUCGUUAUAAGGUAGACCGCAAUCAGACUCGACCAGGAUCCCCAACUCCAAGUGUAACGAAGGCGUUUGUAGUCCACAAUUGUCUGCAAAAAAACCAACUGUUCGGAUUCUAGAAAUUCUCACAGAUUAUGUUGCUCCACUGUCCACAAUUCGAUACAAUGUUGCAGGGCUGAGACCCGGAAGCGCUACUAGGCGAAUCACUCUCGGGCUUUCCUGUAUGUCAGGAAUGAAUCACCCGCAUUUCCACUACAAGUCAUCUUUUCUACCUUCUCUACGUUUGCUAGUCGAGAUAACAUAAUUUAUCAUGACUCCAGACAGUCCACUUAACAUGGUUUUCAUUUGGCUAGUCUGAUUCGUGACGAAAGCGACAGUGCAAUUGCUAUUUUCUAUAACACAAACAGGAAUAACUCCCAGCAGCACACUGAGAAUCCUUCAGAAGCAAGAGUACAACCGUUACUGUGAUCACGGUAUAUGAGACAAAGGAGAAAAGUCAACUACUUAUAAGAAUAGUCCGUGGGUGUCCAAAAAAGGAGGAUGAGGAUUCAGAAGAAAGACAAGGGGUACAUGAGGAAGGACAGAAAGACAGAAAGCAUCACAAAGUCAUUACGAACGGUCGUUAAUGAUGGUGGGUAGAUGGGUGAAUGUAGAAUAGGUGAGACGUUGCAGGGGUCGUAACAGGUCAGUGCAAGGAUGGAGAUGCGAGUGCGUGACGGAAGCGUUGGAAAGCGGAAGGUAUGCCGAGGAGAGGGUCUUUAGCAUCCGUCGUAUUUGGAGUUUCGGGGGAAAGUAUAUCCUGCCUGGUCCCAUGUCGUGAGAUUGGGGUUGGUGUAUGCAUUCAAAUGUCUACAGAACGCGGCUUUAGAAAUGAUUAAAU